AUGCCGGAAUUUGCGGACUCAUUUUGGACUCCCGACUAUGCGUCUGGGGUCCACACCCUGUUCACAAAGCUCCACCAAGGCAUCGUGGAGAACCAGCAGAUUCUCACGAUGGCCCAGAUGCGUGCUGAGGCAGAACGUGUAUAUGCCGCACAGCUCGGGGCCAUUGCUCCGGCUCUUGAACGGAAGACCGGCGGCUUCGACCGUGAUGACGGUGCCAGCGUUCGGAAGAAGGCAUUUGAAUGCAUGCGCAAGCAGAUGAUAGAAGAACAAGGCAUCCACCAAAAAAUUUCAAGCAGCAUUCAACAGCUCGUCAUUCAAGAGUUUAGCCGCUGGGCGAGCGAACACGAAAACCGCGUUCUCACCUACGAAAAAGCCCUCACCGCACGGCUCAAGGAAUACUCUAAACAAUGCGAGGAAGUGAGCAAUCUGAACGAAAAGUAUCUGAGCAAGUGUCGUCAGAUUCACGACCGCGAACAACAGGAACUAUUCGCCUUCCAGGAACCUGAAAGCGCUACUGCAAGCCCAAAGCACAAACAACUGACGCUGAAAGCCCCCACCAUUGUUCUACCUGAAGCAGAAGAAGACCCAGAACCGGUGGAAUUGGGUGAUCUGAUAUAUACACCAGAGCAGCUGAAGCAGGUGUUGAAGCAUAUGCUAGAGACUAUUCCUAUGGGAGAAGUGAAGGUGCGUUUACUCGGAACAUACCUCAAUACGUCCCUCGGAUCGGAUAUUGUUGAGUAUCUACAGAAGCACCUCGGUGCUUCCUCUCUCAGCUAUGCCGAACGGAUUGGCCAGGACAUGGCUGAUAAUGGCUUCAUUACCUCGAUCGGUGCCAUGGGCCCUAACCCCCUUGUCAACACCACCUUUACCGGUAGCUCGAGAUCGACUUACCAGUGGGAUAAGCGUGUAUUUCAGAUGACUGGAGUCCCGGAGAAGAAAAAACCACUAACUCGCUCCGGUACUACACUAAGCCGCACGAGCACCGGAACGGGAAGCGAUGACACCCCGAUCGAUUCCCCUACUCUGACGGAGCGAUUUGCAGCCUGGAACCCGCUAAAAAACCAGCUCUCUGAUGAAACCCCAAUGGAAAUUCUUAAACGCCAGGCUGAUGAGGCUGAUGAGCGAUACAAGCACGCCGUUAAAUAUCUAGAUGCUAUCCGUUGCAGGCUCGAGGAGGAAAUGUUACAUUCCAUGAAAUUCAUGCAACAAUGCGAACUACACCGUCUUGAGGGCAUCAAAACCGUUGUUAUAGAUUUUUCGAGCACGAUCAGCAACGUCAUUCCAUCCCUAAAGAGUUCGAUGGACAAUAUUGUUCUACAUCACGAGGCUAUGCAGCCACAGGGCGACUUGCGUUACAUGUUAGAAAAUUAUCGCACUGGCUCGUUCUGCCCAAAAGUUGUCGUUUAUGAAAGCGGAUCGAAGUCCACACAAGAACAAACUUUUGGUGUUGACCUAGAGACCCUAACCGCGGCGGAAGGUAAAAAACGGGUUCCAAUCCUGGUUACUGGUAUUCUGACGUACCUUGAUAAACAUUAUCUUGAUCUGGAAGGAGACGACGCUCGACGAGCAAUAUGGCUUCGCGAUGUUCCUUUGUCCGAGACCCAUAAGCUCCGCGCAAAGCUGAAUAAAGGUCGUUCUGGGCCGGUGGUGAAGGUAGAUGACGAAGUAGACGCCAUAGGAGAGAAGCUGCGAGAGUUCGAAAUGCCUGUUGUCGCAAGUGUUUUGAGGCUCUACCUUUUAGAGCUCCCUGACUCAAUCGUCUCCUCCAAGUUAUAUGAAAUCUUCCGCACAAUUUACACCACGACUCGCGACACCUCAGAUGAAAACCGCAUCAGAGUCCUUCAAAGCACUCUUGGACAACUCCCUCUUCCAUAUAUCGCCACUCUAGAUGCCAUAACUACUCACUUCUGGCGCCUCGUUGAUCUCACCAUCCCUGAAAAAGACCAAUUCUCCACCCGCGAGGAAAUAUACAUUUCCGCCCUUGCACCAGGACUAGCCCCUUGUAUUUUGCGCCCUCGUGUCCAGAACCAUUUAACUAUGGAUGAAAGACAUAGCCACCGCCUCGUGCGUGACUUGAUUGUCAACCAAAAGCAAAUCUUUGGGGAACUUAGACGCCUAUCCAGCAAAUCGAGCAGCGCUGCCGCCCAAAGACCGCGUGCUAUUAGCACUGAUGAAAGUAACCGACGGGCAAAUAUGGAAGAACGGAACCGUGCAAUUGCAAGCCGGGCUCGGGGCACGAGUCCGGCUCCAUCUCCUCGCCACCGCCGCGACAGAUCAGUCGGAAGUUCAGGAUCGAGCACCCGGUUCCCCGUUAGCGUACCUGGUGCGGCCCCUUCAGAACGGAAGCCUGUACGCCAUUCCCUCGAGGUACCUGGAAGUGACACAACGGCGGCUCCUGCCGACACCGCAACCACUCAUACCAAUGGCACAGGCGAAGACACUAUUGCUGCUGACGGUGUAGAACCCUCUACCAACGCUCCAUCUGCUGAUCGAGCCUCCACACCACCAACCACAAUCGCAGCCUCAGCAGUCCCUCCAUCUAUGACUGGCGAGGUUCAGAAGACAGGAUCUCUUUCUCGCUCCAGUCGGUACAGCCACAUUACUGGCAUAAAGCGAGAGGAAGCCGACGGUGCCGGGCAUGAUGUUCCCGCCCCCAAACCUAUAGGAGUAACACUGGAAGAUAAGCCGAUUGAUGAUUAA